UCUGGCACCUGUAGGUUAUUUUAAGGCGUUAGAUUAUCUGUGCGCCUGUGUAAUUGCGUUACUGUUCAGGGUUUGAUCUGAAAUGCAGUGGGCUCUGGAGAGCGUGCAUGUGUGCAGUGGAUGGACAUAACGGGUGCGGUGUGCGGAUGAGCACCCAGUGGCUCCGGUUCGCUCUCCUCCGGCUCGACAUGAAGAGAUUCAUCUGUGUGUCGCAGCUGGCCGCAAUUCUGCUCUACAUACCUCUCGUACAGGUUUUUACCAUUCUGGGCAACUCCCACUCCAAAGUGAUGCUGUUCCAUGAGGCGUGGGGUCGGAGUCAGUGCCGUUCGCUGGAGCGGAUGGUGGACGUGGAGCAGGAGUAUCCGGGAGGAGUGGAGCACAUCUACAGUCCCGGCUGUGUCCCGCUGCUGCGCUGCUCCGGCUGCUGUAAUGACGACAAACUGGCGUGUUUCCCCGUCAGCACACGCAACAUCAGCAUUCAGCUGUUGAGAAUAACUCCAGCAGACAGGAGCAGAGAGUAUGUGCUGUUGUCCUUUCAGGAACACCAGAGCUGUGAGUGCAGGCCCAGACGACACCACCUGAGAAAUCAGCACAGAAGGAGACGGAAGGGCAAACGCAGGAGGAGACGGAGAGGACGGACGGACGAGGACUGAGACGCUGAUGGGGUCAGAUGUGGUGAUCACUAUGGCCAAUAGACACGGACUCUCUUCAUUCAUCACACAAGCACUUCUGGACAUUAGUGCGGUCAAUCAGAUCAAGAUCACACACAAAACCUGCUGCGGCUUCCAGCGAUCAACAAACAUUUGUGUUUAUAGUGACAGUAAUGGGAUCACAGAUUGUCACUGAGAGACGUGUGUGUGUCCAUAAAGCUGCUGAACUGAAGGAAACAGGCGUAAAAUACCUCAAAAUAAACUCAAAUAAAAAGAAGUGGCUCUUCUAAUGCAGUGCAUGUUCAGAUCCCCAUAUGUGUCUUAAUAUAUUUUAUAAAACAAUG